AUGGGCACUACAACACUCAUCAUAUGUCUCUUCCUUGCGAGUUCUAUAAAUGCAGGUAUCACUACCAGAACCACUAACGCAACUUCUGAGCCAGCGGCAACCGACAUAGACACCGAACUCGAGAAGAUUUCAAAGGGAUGUAUUACGAUCGCAGACUACAAACUACUAACCAAGAACGUCACCGAGUACAUCGCCUACGCAAUAGGAACAGAGCUAGUCAAGGAGAGUGUAGAGACCAUCGGGCUCAUCGAGCUACGAGCGGCUCUUCAUUUCGGUCCGAUGGCUCCAUGGACCCAUCGGAGCUAUAAGGGGCCCAGUGAGCAAGAGCUUGCCUCGGCCACUCUGGAGCAGUAUUACAACUUAACAGAACCGAAAUCAAUAAGGAGAAGUUUGGAUAGUUUGAUGAUAGUGGAGAAUGAUAUUCCACGUGGUAUCGCUUUUCUGGAUGGGCGGUUUCCCGUGAUUCGAAUGAUGUUUAGAGAGAAAUUCGAGAAAAUGUUGGGGAAAAGUGCGAAGGAUAGGAAGAUGGUCGACAGAAUGAUUGAAGAGUACAAUGCGAUGCUUAUGAAAAUAGAAGAUCCAAUUGAUAAGAUAUAUAACAGCUACAUAUGUGAAAACCGCAGUUAUUAG